UGUGACGACGAUGGAGGAGGAGGAGGUGAGCGAAGCAAAGCAAAGCUAGGAACAACAAGGAGAGCCGGGGAGGGAUUAGCAGUUCACUAUGCUUAUCUGCAUGUGAUAUGUUAGCGACCGAAUGUGUCCAAACGGUUUUUCUUUUCUCUUGAGCUCAGCGAUUUGUCAGCUACUUGAAGGCCUUUAGUCACUUAAAGUUUAUGUUAGUAGCAGCAGUCUGACGUUAGCCCCUGCUGCUAGCUAACUCCUGCUGGUGACUUCUAACAACUUGUCAACAGCCGAUCGAUACUGGACAGGACUUGGGACUGUUUUCUCUACAUGUUUUUUGGCCUGUUGGCAAUUUCUCGUAGUGUAAACAUCUUCUGAACCAGCAGCACUAUUGGGAGAGUAGAACUAUGAUGACAACGUGACAGGAGGGGAGCCGCUGAGUCAGCUUAAAUAGGAACCAUGGAAGGUACAGAGCAGCACGACAGGGUGAACGGCCACUGCAAGCCCAAAUCCCCCCAGGACGCGGCUGUUGUCAGGUGGACGUCUCCCGAGGGAGAGUCUGGAGGUUCAGACAGCUGUGGAGGGACUAGUGUGUCGGAGCUGACAGACCUGCAAGAGUUAAAGGCCAUGGAAAGUGAUGAGGAGGAGGACAAGGAGAAGGAGAAGGAGGUAGUUCCACCCUCCAAAGGCCUAAAAGUGGACCAGAAGAAAAAAGAGAAAGAGAGUCUGGAUCACAAGGAGAACAAUCGCAGCAAGCAAAACAGCAGUGCAGCAUCCAGCUAUACAGACCUGUCGCAUACCUCGUCGCCCUCGCUGUCAGAACAGCUGCGUCUUGGCCGAGAAGACAGCACAGGGUCUGGGAUCAGCGUAGAGUGUAAAGUCUGCGGGGACAAGGCCUCUGGCUUUCACUAUGGCGUGCAUGCCUGUGAGGGUUGCAAGGGAUUUUUCAGGCGAACCGUGCGGAUGAAACUGGAAUAUGAUCGCUGUGAGCGAUCCUGCAAAAUUCAGAAGAAGAAUCGUAACAAGUGCCAAUAUUGUCGCUUCCAGAAGUGCCUGUCUUUGGGAAUGUCCCAUGAUGCGAUCCGAUAUGGACGUAUGCCUGAGGCGGAGAGGAAGAAGCUGGUGGCAGGCCUGCUUGCAGAAGAAGUGAAUCUCAGCAAACCAGGCGGCUCAGACCUGAAGACCUUGGCCAAACAAGUUAACACAGCCUACCUGAAGAACUUCAGUAUGACCAAGAAGAGGUCCCGCAGCAUCUUGUCGGGCAAAACUAGCAGCACCUCACCGUUUGUGAUUUACGAUAUGGACACACUCUGGGAGGCAGAAAGUGGUUUGGUAUGGAGCCAGUUAGUUCCAGGUGCGCCCCUGACCAAAGAGAUUGGGGUCCAUGUGUUCUACCGCUGCCAGUGCACCACGGUGGAGACUGUGCAAGAGCUCACAGAGUUUGCCAAGAGCAUUCCAGGGUUUGUGGACCUCUACCUUAAUGACCAGGUGACUUUACUGAAGUAUGGUGUGCACGAGGCUAUUUUUGCCAUGCUGCCCUCUCUCAUGAACAAAGAUGGACUGUUGGUGGCCAAUGGAAAAGGCUUUGUGACCAGGGAGUUCCUUCGCAGCUUAAGAAAGCCCUUCAGUGAGAUCAUGGAGCCCAAGUUUGAGUUUGCUGUCAAGUUUAAUGCUCUGGAGCUGGAUGACAGCGACCUGGCCCUGUUUGUUGCUGCCAUUAUUCUCUGUGGAGAUCGUCCUGGACUAAUGAACGUGAAGCAGGUGGAGCAGAGUCAGGACAACAUCCUCCAGGCCCUGGACCUCCACCUACAGGCAAACCACUCUGACUCAGCCUACCUCUUCCCCAAGCUGCUGCAGAAGAUGGCUGACCUCCGUCAGCUAGUUACUGAGAACGUUCAGCUUGUCCAAAAGAUCAAAAAGACUGAGUCAGAGACUUCGCUCCACCCUCUACUACAGGAGAUCUAUAAAGACAUGUAUUAGAAUUAUCCAGCACAGACUGCUUUUAGCAAUACUGUUACAGACUGAAUUUACAACGAUGAUACUACACUGCAUUCAAUACAAGCACUGUUGCGAGUACGGGCAUGGAUUUUAAGGUGCAGAUGAGGCAAAGACAUGUGGUAGGGCUAACACAAUCAGCAAAGUCUUCUCAAUGUCAGCAUUACCCUUGGCACAAUAAUGUAUAUGUGUUAUGUGUGUGUGAUGAGCAUCUGGAAUCAUUUGCUGCAAGUCCUAGUUUCCCACAACGGUCACUUAACAGAGAGAAUUAUUUGAUUUCUCACCAAGGCUGCUCCUGUUACAUUACUGUCUUGUUACAUUUGAAUAGCAAAGCUGACCCCAGAACAGCAUCUAGAGAGAGAGAGCUUCUCCUCACUCAUAUCGGCUCCGUGUUUGUCUGUGAAGGGAAAGCAUUUCAUGUUCUUACACCAAUGGCAUUGUUGAAAUAGAAAUGAGCCAUAACGUUUGUACUGUGCAAGAGAUACGUUAGAUGCCAAUGUCUUUGGUAGAGUGAUUGUUCUCAGACUUUUGGUAAAGCUGAAGAUGCACAAAUUGGCUUUUAUUUACAUCAUCAUCAUCAUCAUCAACAUCCGCAAUGACUGCUACUCUGCCAUUUGGUUAAUAGAACACAAACUGGGCUGGCUCCAGCAUUGUAGAGCUCUCUUAACGCAGCAGUCUGUGCAAUACCAUUUCCAUUUUUCAAUAAAUGUGGAGAUCCAAGUUCUAUAGGUUUUGUCUUAAAGCCAUGUACCCAAGUGGUAACUAAUGGACUAUGCUGCACAGAUUUUGUCCCUAAACUGACACUAUAAACACAUUACCCAUUGAAGUACAAGGGACAGCAUUUUUUGUUUCUCUUUUUUUGACAUGUAAAUGAUCAUGAAUUUGCCAUUUUAAGUUUUUUUUCUUUGUUUAUUCUUUGUAAUUAUGUUACUAAUUAUUUGUAUUUGUUGAUCAUAUUUGUAAGGCAAAACAUGAAUUAUCUUGUUUUAUGUAUUAUUCAGUAUGUGUCCUUUCAUAUUACAUGCUUGUCUAUUUAGUUUAGGUUGUACCAAAUAUAUUGUCAAGCAUACCAACAAACGUUUCCUUGAUGAGGAAUUUGGCAGCACACUACCACAAUGUCAUUGGUAAAAUUGAUGAUUAGAAAUCAACAUCCAGCACAAAUCACUUCUGUAUUCACACGAUAUACAAGCUAUAACCACAGUCCUAGAUUACUACCCUUUCUGUGUACAGUCUGAUUUGGCUUGUAAGGAGAGCCACACAGUGUAAAAACCUUUACAAUACUGUAGCCAGGAUUCAUAAGUUUCAAACUGUUUUUCUUCCCCUCAUAUUCUGUAGGACUUCUUUUUUUUACUGUACUUCAUCUGAAUGGACUUCAGUAUGUCAGCAAUGGUGCACAGAGUCCACCUUCAGAAAUCUCCCUUUGUGCUCUUAAUCUCUCUUGAUCCCUAUCUACCUCUAAUGUAUGAUCUGUGACAUUAUUCCACUGUCUCAUCUGAUCUCUGACACUUUUUUCCUUUGCCUUAAUUCCUGCUAUUGCAACACAUUGCAAAUUUGAUAUUAUUGGCUGAUGUGCGUUGUGCCAACAAAACAAGAAAGUACACCAAAAAGUUGAUGUAAGCUACCUCUAUGACUGUGUUAAGUGAUUAAUUGACAUAUUUGUUCACGUGUUAACGUGUUAAGACUUGAAAUAAUUUCUUCCUUAUAGUCACAUGUAACCUAGCUGCAGAUCUAGCUAGUUUAGUAACAUCACACCUAUAAACUUUAUUAGAAAUAUUAA